UGGACCGAGCGCCUGCCUGCCAGCCAGCUGGGCGGGCAGGGAGGCGGGCGGGUCCCUCCUCCGAGGGCAGCAGGUGGGACGUGCCGCCCGCCCGCCUCCGCCUUGGUCUUCCUGGACGCAGGGCAGGCAGGCAGGCAGGCGCUGCGGAAGCCAGGCGCGCAGAAUCCGCACCCAGGGCGAAGUGCAGCGACAGUGACGCCUGGCCCUUAGGAUCCUCCUGCUGCCCAGGGCAGCCCCCUCCCCCCCGGCAUGGGGUUGCGAGAGUCGCCCUACGCCAGCCGCUUCCUGGGGGGGCUGGAUGCUGUGGUCUCGAGCUUCCUGUUCCCCAGCUACUGGCUGGUGAGCCAGCUGCUGGCCCUGCAGCAGACGACGGCGGAGAAGCAGCGCCAGCCCUGCCCGCUGCACGCCCUGUGGGUCCUGCUGGCGGGGCCCCUGCUGCUGCUGCCACUGCUGCUCUUGGCCCCCUGCUCGCUGCUGGCCUUCCUGGUGUGGCUGCCCCUCCAGGCCGCCCGCCGCCCUUUCGCCUACCAGCACACGCCCAGCCCGUGCCCGCCACAGCCCUGCCUGCUCCCUGGCCAGGGCAAGGCCUUCGCCUUUGUCAGCGCCAACGUCUGCCUCCUGCCUGACGGCCUGGCCAAGUUCAGCAACCUGGCGCAGACCCAGCAGCGGGCCCAGCACAUCGCCCAACGCCUGGCGAGGGCGGCCCAGCGCCCUGCCCCGCUGCAGGAGCCCCACGCCCGAGGCGCCCCCAGCAAGCAGAAGUACGGGGCCACGGACUCCAGCCCCCUGGGGGCCUGCCGGAGCCCCCCUCCAGGCGACCACCGCCACGUGGCUGUGCAGAUGGCCCUCGACGGAGGGGGGGAGAUCACCGCCGUCUUCCCCCCACACGCCGAUUUCUUGUGCCUGCAGGAGGUGUUUGACUCGCAGGCCUCGGCCCGCCUGCGCCGGCUCCUCAGCCCCCACUACGCCCACAUCCUCUACGACGUGGGGCUGACGGGGCUGCUGGGCUGCUCGGCCCUCAAGCUCCUGAACAGCGGCCUCUUCCUGGCCAGCCGCUACCCGCUGCUGGCCGUGCACUACCACUGCUACCCCAACGGCUCUGGGGAGGACGCCUUCUGCGCCAAAGGGCUGCUCUGCGUGCAGGUCCAGCUGGGAGCUUCCCAAGGGCAAAGGAUUGUGGGAUACCUAAACUGCACCCACCUGCAUGCCCCAGAAGCAGACGCGCAGAUCCGAUCAGACCAGCUGACUCUGGGUCUGCACUGGGCCCAGCUGUUCCAAGACGCCAACCAGCAGCCCGGGGACAUCGUUGCCUUCGACGUCUACUGUGGGGACCUCAACUUUGACACCUGCUCUCCUGACGACGCGAUGGAGCAGAACCACGAGAUCUUCACCCUGUACACGGAUCCGUGCCGCCUUGGCCCUCGGAAGGACAAGCCUUGGGCCAUUGGCACCCUGAUGAACUACCUGGAGAUCUACAGUGAAGCCGUGUCGACUCCGGAGAAGAUGAAGAGGGCUCUGGAGCAGGCCGAGGGGCGGAGAAAGUACCUGGCGGGCCCCAUCCUGGCCAAUGGGGCCCCUGACCUCUCCGGACCCCGGGGCGAAGGGCGCCGCAUUGACUACAUCCUCUACAGGGAGCACCCUGGCCCGGCAGAGCUGACAACGACUGUGGAAAAGGUCUCCUUCAUCACCCAGCUGGCCACCUGCUCCGACCACUUGCCCAUGGGGCUGCGACUGUUGGUGACUUCGGUGGCCAAGCCAGAAGAGAUCGAUUUUGUAACGAUUAUCCAAACACGACCAGCUCUCCAAGCCCCAAAAGGGCCCACAAUGGCUUUGCACCCAGCUGGAACCCCUGCAGUGCCACUGGCCGCCGUUCAGGAGCUCUGCUGUGCCUCCAGGUCAGCAAAGGCUUCUGCUUUCCAGCAGCCUUUCAGAAGAGGCGUCCAAAACAAGGGGCUGCCAUUGGGCACAAUCCUGCUCAGCCAGCCCCAGCGGGCUUUAGUGGGGGAGUCCCGCGCCUGCUACAAGCCAUGCCGCUGAAAUCGGUGGGGCCGCAAAGAGCUCCGCUUCCAGUCAGACUCUGCCUGUUGUCUCUACUUCCACAUGUAUGAAAUCCAGUUCCCAGCCCGUUUUCAGUCGGCAAGGUUUGACUGUCUGUAAACCAUCUGAAAGAGAAGUGACUAGAACCCAGCUUGCUCCGAUUUUCCCCUGUGUCUCCAAGCACCAUGUGUUUUUCUUCUGUGGCAUGGUGGCAAGUUUGUUUGUUUGUAGAUUUAAUAUACCACCCAAUCCACAGACUUAGGGUGGUGAACAACAUCUGAGAUGUGAGUGGGUGGGGAGAGAGAAAUAAAUAAAAAUAUUGAAGGACAAA